GAACAACAAUUACUGGAACUCGUUAAUGAAGAAUUGGAGAAUGAGCAAGUAGAUAACGAAAGAGAUGAUAACAAUGAAAGAGUGAAUUAUGAUAAAAUGGUGAAUAACAAUGAAGAAGUGGAUUACGAUGAAAUAGUGAAUAAUGAUGAAAGAGUAGAUGAAAAUGAAAUGGUGGAUGAUGAUGAAAGGGUGAGCAAUGAUGAAAGGGUACAUAAUGAUAAAAGUGUGAAUAAUGAAAGAGUUGACAAUGAAAGAGCAAACAGCAAAAACGUAGAAAACAAAAGAGUGGAUAAUAAUAACAAUAAGAAGAUAAAUGGUAAAAAGGUAGAUAAUAAAGGUAUAAAUGAUAAAAGGAUAGACACAG